GAGGCGGACGCCGCUGCAUUGGUGGUAAGUGUCUCCAAGUGCUUUGAGGAUCUGGGCAUUGCUGGCACUACCUGCUUUUAUUGUCCAAGCUUAAUUGCCCUUGAACUGAGCAGCAUGCAAGUCCAUUUCAGAGACCGUUUGAGAGUCAACCACAUUGAUGUGCACUGAUGAAGUUGGCAUUUGGGGUCCAUCCCUAAUUUCCUUUUGAAUUUAGAGUCUUCCAAGACAAUUUCAGAGAGCAGUUAUGAGCGUUAGGGGUCCUGGAGUCAAACCUGGGAAAGAACAGGCUGCUUCUGGAAGGCUACAUCUGAUGUGAACAGACGAGCUCAUUGAAUAAAUCCACACGAUAUCUGAGUGAAGAACAUCCAGGAGUUCCUACUAGAGAUGCAGGAAAACAUGGUGAUAACAUUUCUCCAAAAGAAUAAAUACAGCCACCAAAACAAAUGAUCCAUUGUGGACAUCAAAGAAAGGUGUUUGAAACACCUCGUGAAAUUAAUAUAGCCAGGUCACCGUGUGCUUCUAAACUGCUGCAUCAGAACCAAAUAUCCAGCAAGAAUUCACUCAAAGGAAUACAAGAUGAAAAUAUAAGGGGGUUAGCAGUUAUCUAAAAUUAACAACAUGUCAAUGGCAGCCUGAAUGAGGCCAGCUACAUCUUCCACGCCAGUUCCUGAAACCUGACAGAGAAAGUAUAGACCAACAUGCUUAGGAAUGUUAGACUCAAGGUUCCCCUUCACCCCAUCAAUGAGCUUUAGCAUUGCUUAAAUAUCCUGAUCCCUGAAUCCUUGAUUGAGCCAGCAACAGAUCUAGGUAGAAUAAGCUAUUAACAAUGGAGUUAAUUACAUUUCUCAAUUUACUGACCUAUCUUGAUUAAGCCAAAAAAAACCAUCAUAAUGGAUUGCAGUACCAAUGGAGUGUGUUAUAUGUACAUAUUAUGGUUGGAAAAUAGUGUUAAUACGAGAUACGUAUUGUUUGUUCUCCAAUGAAGUGAUAUUUUGCUACAUAUUUAUUAAGACUCUUUCAGAUAGCAUACAUUGACAUAAGGGCAGCAAAAUUUACAGGAAGCAAACUCCAAAGUAGUAUAUUCACAAAUCUAUCAAAGCUUUGCAAAUUUGAGAUAUAUUUUGAAACUUCAUAAAAAUCACCAUAAAGAAGCAUGUUUGCAUCAGAACUGCACACAAUGUACAAAAUAGGAUUACCUUUGCAAAGUACAAUAAUUUUAUAAUCUGGAAAUUAUUGUUGACACCACUAAUAAUGUUGCAAAUAACUUUUGAGUCAACAGCAAGAAAUUCAAAAAUGGUGUGUGCUUAAUACCUGAUUGAGCAUGCUGUGAAAGAUUAUUGUUGGCAGGAAGUGUCUAAUUGGUAUUUUAGCACUGAAUCUUAUCAGAGCCCUUUUGAAAUUAUUAACAUCAACUCACGCCAUUUUGUAAUGUGGUUACUUUUGAUGUUAGGAUUGUUGAUUAAUGACUGGUAUCACAUCAACUGCUAUUAACAACUUUUGUCAGAACUAAUUAGGUAGAUUGAAAGGAAAUUCGUUGUGUGCAUUGAAAGCUAUGGGAAUUGGAUUUAGUGCAUCACUUGCACUUCACUUAGCUGAAGAGGAUCAGGAAGAACAGGAAAGGGCAGCCCGUGAUGUAAGAUGGCACAGAAGACGGACGGUCAGAUCCCGCCGAUACCCAGCCCACCGGGUUUAUCGUCCCAGGCAAAGCUACCUAGGAAUGACCGAAGAACAGUGCCUGGAGAGCCUCAGACUGAGCCGGGAGGCCGUAACGGAACUGUGCCACCUAUUGAAUAGAGAUCUGCAGACCCAGUCUACUAUCAGUACAGCACUUCCAGUAGCAGUGAAAGUCACCACAGCCCUAAACUUCUAUGCGUUGGGAUCAUUCCAAGCCAGCACGGGUAACAUAUGCAGUGUCAGUCAAUUUGCUGUACACAGAUCCAUCACAGAGGUGACUGAUGCUUUAUUUUGCCGGGCUGACAAUUUCAUUUCUUUCCCAACGGAUCAGCAGCAACAGCAACAAAGGGCUACACAUUUCUACAGGUCUGCUGGCUUCCCUAGAGUCCAAGGAGCCAUUGACUGCAUGCAUGUUGCCAUUCGAGCACCUGUGCAUGAUGCAAUGGCCUACAUGAACCAUAAGGGCUAUUACUCAAUUAAUGUGCAGUUAGUUUGUGACCACCAGUAUAGAAUUAUGCAGGUCAAUGCACAUUUCCCAGGAAGCUCACACAGUGCCUUUAUUUUAAGGCAUUCCUCAGUGCCAGCAUUAUUUGAAGGGGAAGGACGAUUGGAAGGUUGGCUGCUGGGUGACAAAGAGUACCCUUUGCAGCCAUGGCUCAUGACACCUUUGCGUUGCCCUCAGACUGAAGCAGAGCGAAGGUACAACAAGGCGCAUUCAAAAACAUGGAUUACUGUUGAACAUACAAUCAGGAUUCUCAAGCAGCGCUUCAGAUGCCUGGACCGUUCAAGGGGUGCCUUACAAUAUAGUCCUCACAAGGUCUCAAAAAUGAUCAUUGCCUGCUGUAUACUCCAUAACUUUGCUCUACAAAGGGGCCUCAACUUUGAGGAAGAACGGGAUGAAGACUGCAUGGCAGAGCAGGAGGCUGAGAGUGAUGAUGAAGAACCACUUGAAGAACCAACAGUGCAACAAGGAAGACAGGUUCAGCAAGCACUAAUACUAGAUGCCUUUGAAUAAGUAUAGCAAUUAGCCUAAAAUCAAUCAUUCCAUUUAGAUUUUUCUCUGGUGCAUACUAUUAUCUUCUCUACUCUUAUGCCUUUUCCAAAAUAUCUAUUUCUUAUUUUGUGCUGCCGCUGAAUCUGGAGUACUGAAAAAUUAAUGCUCUGCACAAAAUGCAAGUCAAGUGAAGUGUUAUAAUCUCAACAGUUCUGUUACCCAGAAUGAUUUACCAGUGUUUUACUCCUGUGUUGCCCAUAUGGAUGCAGCGAAGAACACCAGCCUGCCAGUGCUCUUGGGUUAUUCUUUAUUGAAGGGAGUAGGUAUACUGUCUAGCAUUCAUUCAGAGCCUACUCAAAUUUCACUGGCUCAACACCUUCAUAAAUUGCACAUCCGGAGAGUUAUGAAUCUGCAUCAGCUAGUUCCAGUAUCAUAAAUAGCCCCCGGACGGAGUAAACAGGAGAGCCACACUUAAGAUAGACAAUCUUGUAUUAUAUUCUUUGUUGUUUGAGGGAAGUUGGUGUGCACAAAAUACUCACCACAUAUUCUACAUUAUAAUUGUAAAUAUACUUCAAAAGUAUUACAUUAGUUGUAAAGCAUUUUCAGAUGUCCUGAGGUUAUGAAAGGUGCUAUAGCAACACGUCUUUCCCCUUUCUUCAAAUUGACGUCAUUUUAAUAGGUUACCUCCUAAAGAGAUUUUUUGGGGUUUCUUCAUGCUAGAAUAGUUUUCAGGUGUUAAUUUUAUUACUUGCUUAUUCACUUCAGAACUCAUCCCAUACAGUCUUUCUUUCUUUUUGUCCCUUCUCACCUAAGUAAGUAAAUCAUUCAUUCUCAUGUUCUGUUGUGGAAGCACUGCACUAGGUCAUGUGGCAUUUCACGCAGUAUCAAGGGUGAAAACUUUUAAACGAUUGACUUUCAUAUGUAACCAUGUAUACUUGUCAUGCGUAUUAAUAUCUGAUUUACCUUUGUGAGUUUCUUAAGAAUUCCUAACUUCAUGCAGGCAUCCUUCCAAAUGUUUGUGACACAACGUUACAAUUUGUUUUCUUGUCCAAAGAAUCACACAGUGCUCUCAGUCAGAAGCCCAUAUUUCCUCAACCAAAGGUUCAAGCUAAUGGCUAUCAGGGCGAGGUUUUAUUACCUUUUGCUCUGCACUUCACAAAACAUCUUCUCUAUGCUCAUACAUUUUAGUUCAAGGCUUCAGGUGACUGCUUAGUACUCUAAAGAGGUGUUCAGCAGAAUUAUUUCUGGCACUUCAUUGUAUAAUGUUGCAGGGUAGGCCAUCUUCCAUUAAACGAAACAUUUAAACUCAACCAAUCCUUUUGGAUCGCAAAAGUGCCAGUUUACAUCAAGAAUUUGUAUAUAUAAGAGGAUUUUUUAAAAAAUCAUUGUUCGCUCAGUGUAAGAAUGGAGACUUGAGGCUUUGGCUCGAGAGGCUUUGGCAAGGGGCUGCAGAUGAGGAGCAGGUAAGGGUUUUAAAUUUCUUAUUCAUCCUUAGCACUUGACUCAGUGUAGGCAGGAUGGUAGGUAGAGCAGUGGAAUGAUCCUCCCGCCAGACGUAGGAAGUCAGGGAACCUCACGGUUUCUCUGAUGACUACAUCUGUGGGAAGUGCACCCAGUUGCAGCUCCUGACAGACUGGGUGAAGGAAAUGGAGCUGGAGAUGUACUCAGGAUCAUCUGGAAUGCUGCAUCAUAGGUGAGACUUUUACUGAGGUGAUUACACCCAAGGUGCAGGCUUCAGAUAGAUGGGUGACCACCAGGAAAAGCAAGGGAAGUAGGCAGUCAGUGCAAGGCUCCCCUGUGGCCAGAAGAAAAUCAUGUUUACCGAGGAGAAAAUCAUGGUUGCUCAAUAGAUAAGGGAAACAAGUGGAGAUGUUUUGGAGAACAUUCAUAUUACCAGGGAGGAGAUAUUUGCAGCCUUACAGCGCAUUAAGGUGGAUAAAUCCCCAGGGCCUGACUGAGUACAUCCUCGGACUUUGGGGAAGCUAGAGGAGAAAUUGUGGAGGCCCUUACGAAGACAUUUGCUUCAUCAUUAGCCACUGGUGAAGUUCUGAAGGUGGACCUUGUUCCAUUGUUUAAGAAAGGUAGCAAGGACAAGCCAGGGAACUACAAGCUGGUCAGCCUGACAUUAGUGGUGGGAAGAUACUGGAGGGAACUCUGAGGGACAGGGUCUGCUGGUAUUUGGAUAGACAGAGUCUGAUUAGGAGGAUUCAGCAUGGCUUUGUGUGUGGGAAGUUGUGUUUGAGGAAUCUUUCAGGGUUCUUUGAAGAGGUAAUCAAAAGGGUAGAUGAGGGUAGGGCAGUGGAUGUUGUCUAUUUGGACCUUAUCAAGGCCUUUGACAAGGUUCUGCAUAGUAGGCUGGUCUGGAAGGUUAGGUCCCAUGGAAUCCAGAGAGAGCUAGUUAGGUGGAUUCAAAAUUGGCUCGGAGGUAGGAAGCGGAGGGUGGUGGUUGAAGGUUGUUUCUCGGAAUGGAGGCCAGUGACUAGUGGUCAGUAUUGGGACCCUUGUUAUUUGUUAUUUAUAUAAAUGAUUUGUAUGUGAAAACACAAGGCUUGAUCAGUAAGUUUGCAGAUGACACAGAAUUAGGAGGUGUUGUUGAUCGUGAAGAAGGUUAUUGUAGAUUACAAGGGGAUCUUGAUCAGUUAGGGAAGUGGGCUGAGGAGUGGCAAAUGGAUUUCAAUACACUUAAGUGUGAGGUAAUGUAUUUUGGAAAGUCAAACCAGAGUAGGAUUUAUACCAUGAAUGGUAGGGCACUGGGGAGUGUAAUGGAACAGUGGGACCUAGGAGUACAAGUGCAUAGUACAUUGAAAGCGGCUUCACAAGUAGACAGAAUGGUGAAAAAGGCAUUUAUCGUGCUGGCCUUCAUCAGUCAGGGCAUUGAUUAUGGGAGUUGGGACAUUAUGUGGCUGUUGUAUAAAUCAUUCGUGAGGCUGCACUUGGAAUACUGUGUACAGUUUUGAUCACCCUGUUAUAGGAAAGAUGUGGUUAAACUGGGAAGAUUGCAGAAAAGAUUUACAAGGAUGUUGCCAGGACUAGAGGGCCUGAGUUAUAGAGAGAAGUUGGCCAGGCUAGGUCUUUAUUCUUUGAAACAUAGGAGAAUGAGGAGCGACCUUAUAGAAGUGUUUAAAAUUAUGAGAGGCAUAGAUAAGGUGGACGGUAGCAGUCUUUUUCCUAGGGUAGGGGAGUCCAAAACUAGGGAGCAUAGAUUUAGGGUGAGAGGGGGAAGAUUUAAAAUGGACCUGAGAGGCAACUUUUUCACGCAGAGGGUAGCCAGCAUAUGGAACGAGCUGCCAGAGGAAGUGGUUGAGGCAGGUACAACUGUAUAAUUUAAGAAGCACUUAGACAGGUACAUGGAGGGGAGGGGUCUGGAGGGAUAUGGGGCGAACGCAGGAAAUUGGGACCAGCUAGGUGGAUAAUAUGGUCGGCAUGAACUUGCUGGGCCGAAGGGCCUGUAUCUGUGCUGUAUUGCUCUGUGACUUAUACAGUAUAAUCCAUGAACCUAUCUGAUUUUGAUAAUGACUGCAUUGCAACCUUAUUUUUUCUUUGUUUAUCUUAUCAAUGACUUCCAUAAUUUCUUAGCAGAUCCUUGGUGUUAAAUGUCAACAUUAUGUAUUACAUUCUCCCAUUACUAACACUACUGUUAUUUACAUACCUCUGGUAAAAACUUAAAAAAUGUGAUUAUUCUGUAUGUAGGGUCUACAUUACCAGAAUUUUAUUUACAGUACAUUAUUGCUGUGCUGCUCAUUUCUCUUAUAUUUUACUGAAACAUUUUCUUGCAUAUAAUAAU